UGGUUGCGCCAUGCACUGGUGUUCAUUGAUGUGUGACGUGCCGUAACAUGUGAUGAUAGAAAGUUUACUUUUCAAUAAUUGGUAUUUCUGAAUUUAGGAUUUUUGUCCAGUAGAUUUUCCGAUUCGGCAAAAUUUUGAGAUGGCACACCUAUCACAAUUGGUUUCUCUUGGAUUACAAAACGCCCGACAAACUCUAGUAUUUUGUAAUAACUUGGUGAAAGUAUGUGUCAGACAUGCUUCAAAGAAAGCUAGUACUAGCACCAGCAACAAGAGUGGCCAUCCUAGACCAAAACACCGAGGAUGGAAAAUACAGGAUGGGGGUUACACAUACUCGGGCAGAUUAUUGGUUACACAGCGAAAACUCAGAUUCCAUCCAGGUCUUAAUGUUGGUUUGUCAAGAGACGGAUCUUUAUUUGCUAUAGAACCAGGCAAAGUGGUAGUAACUUGUGAGAAAGUUGAUCUUAACUGGAAUCACCCUUGGGUUAAACUCAACUAUGCUGAUCGUAAAAAUCAAGUUAUAUAUAAGAAACACUUUAAUAUUAUUCCUGAUUCCCAGCAUAAUAGAUUCAAAUUAAUAGACAGAAUCUAAAUGUAUAUAUAUAUAUAUAGGAAAUA